CAACGAACGAGUCGACGAGAUUGACAACACGACAAGGCAGAGGGCUGCUCCUGCUUCUGCUCCUGCUUCUGCUCCUGCUUCUGCUUCUGCUGGUGUCACUGGAGCUGCUGGAGCUGCGGUACCUGCUGCUUGGUGCCACUGUUGUUACUGCUCAGGCGCUGUCUCGCUGUUGAAAAAGAGCAGGUGUAUUCUCGUCUGCUGUUGCACAUCUCUACCGCACCACCGGCACAAUGCCGUCCCAGACCAUUGAAGAGUGCUGGGAAGGGUUGUUGCCAGUGGUCAACGUCAUCUUUCAAUCAUCCAACAACACGGUCAAUCUAAACCAUAAACGCUACAUGGAGGCAUAUGCGGCUGUUUACAACUUCUGCACUACCAACCGCCCACCUUCAUCCAACAGCCAUCGUGAUCCAAGCCACAUCGUGGGUCAUGACAUGUACCGCAAAGUGGCCGACUACCUGGAACAACGUUGCAUUAGCUUGCGCAAGGAGUUGGAGGCGUACGAGGGAGUUGAGCUGCUUGAGAAGCACCGGCAAUUCUGGGAAGAUUUCCUUUUCUCGCGUCGCGUCUUGAACAACAUCUUCAUGUAUAUCAACCGUCACUGCGUUGCCCGAGCCCUGGAGAACCCAGAUCACAAAAAGAACAAGAUGUUUGAGCUCGAUCGCUUGGCUUUGCUCAAGUGGCGUGAACAUCUUUUCAAGGCGUGCGAGCCAAAGCUCAUCCGGGCGAUGCUUGACAUGGUUGAGCGCGAUCGUAACGGCGAAGCUGUGAGCACCAAUCUGCUCCGCUCAGCCGUCGAUUGCUUGUGUUCCCUUCAAGCUGAGGCCAUGGUUGCCCUGCGCCCCACCAGCAACGCUGCCAGCCGCACCUCCAGCGUCGAUACCCGUCAACACGAGCAGCAGCGCCUCGAGGUCUACGCCAACUCAUUCCAGCAGCCGUUCCUUGAUGCCACUCUCAAGUAUUACAAGCAGGAGUCAGAGCAAUUCUUGGCUGAGAACAGUAUUUCCGACUACCUCAAGCUUGUUACCAAGCGAGUCCAACAGGAAGAGCAGCGUGUCCAACAGUAUCUUCAUGCCUCCACCAAUGAGCCCCUGGCUGAAGCUUGCAACGAUGCUCUCAUCCGGCAUCAAAUCCCUCUGUUCAACGGCGAGAUUGAUACUUAUCUGCAACAGGAGCGCAAUGAAGCCGGGUUGACCAGUUGUGCUCAUGCACUGAUCCGAGUGAUAGAUUUGCAUCAUUUGUAUGUGCUACUAUGCCGCUUGCCGGACGGCGUCAACGUCUUGCUGGAAAAGCUCGAGGCUCACAUUAUUGCCAAAGGCCGAGAGGCCAUUGAUGCCCUGGGCAAAAUCUCCAUGUCGGGCGAGGACAGUAAGAAAUACGUUGAAGCUCUGUUGCAGGUGUACGAGCAGUUCAACGCGCUUGUGCGCAACGCCUUUAACGACAAUCCCCGCUUCAUCGAGAGCCGUGACAAGGGCUGCCGUACUUUUGUCAAUUCAAACAGCGUCACCCAGGCCACCAAGCUGGCUCGCUCCCCAGAGUUGCUCGCCAAAUACUGCGACAGCCUGUUGAAAAACUCUUCCAAGCAUCCCGAAAAUGUGCUUGAAAACCUCUUGUCCGAGCUCAUGGUCAUUUUUAACUACCUUGAUGACAAGGACGUUUUUGAGCAGUUUUACAAGAAGAUGUUGGCCAACCGUCUCAUCCAGGACAAGUCGGCAUCAGACGACGCCGAGGCCAGCAUGCUUUCCAAGCUCAAGGACGCUUGUGGUGGUGAAUACACCAACAAACUGCAGCGCAUGUUCCAGGACAUGGCCACAAACAAACAAACAAACGCCAAGUUCAAGGAGCAUCUGGAUCAAAGUGGACACAUUAUGGUUAAAAUCCACGGUGAAGAAAAGCCGCUGGAUUUCAACGUGCGUGUUUUGACUACCACCACCUGGCCUUUUGCUUCCAAGCUCAAGAUGGUCAUUCCCACCAUCCUGGACAAUUGUAUCAAACGCUAUGAGCUCUUUUACGCGCAAGCCCACACCGGCCGCAAACUGGACUGGGUGUACCACUUGUGCAAAGGCGAGAUUUUGAUGCUCUACACCAAAAAGGAGCGUGUUCUGGAAGCCAACACCGUCCAGAUCUCCCUGCUGCUGGCUUUCAACGAAGGCGACAGUUUCACGAUGGAAAACUUUAUGAAUCAGACGGAGCUGCAGAUGGAUAUCAUUCAGCCCCAGCUUGAUUUGCUCACCAAGGCCAAAAUCCUGCUUUUGGAGGAUGGUCGAUACAGUCUCAACUUCAAGUACAAUUACAAAAAGUUGCGCGUCAAGAUCGAUCAGCCCGUUCGCUCGGAGCAAAAGGCGGACACCGAGAGCACUCACAAGGCUGCCGAGGAGGAUCGCAAGUUUAUCAUUCAGGCCUGCAUUGUGCGCAUCAUGAAGACGCGCAAACACAUGAAGCAUCAGCAGCUCAUGCAAGAAACGCUGGAACAGCUGAGCCGCCGCUUCAAGCCCAAAGUUUCUGCCAUCAAGCGCAACAUUGAGUCACUCAUCGAGGCAGAAUACCUCCGUCGACGCGAGGGUGAACGCGAGGUGUACGAGUAUCUUGCAUAAAAGAUGCUGGCGGCCAUGUCGCCAGCAAGCCGAAAGCAUGUGCGCGGCUUGCUGUGUUUCCAUCCCUCGCUUUGUGCACAAUCUAAGAAGGAAGGCGGCAGUCCCGACCACUGCGUGGGCAAGGGCAUCGCAUGCGUCACAUUGGUGCUGGACAUUGUUGCAUCGAGAAGGGAGCAUUCUGUGGCUGCAAGCUCUUUUUGUGUCUCGUUGUCAUCUCAUUCCUCAGCUCCUGCCAGCAAUCCUUCGUUGCUCAGACUGCCACCAUAGUUUGCAGCAGUUUCUCGACCACCAAACGCAAUUUACACCCAGAUUCACUCUA